UUAUCUUUGGUACCAAAACGCUAGAAAGCACCGGAUAAAUGUCCACGUGGCACCACAGUUUUCGGACGUUCUCACAUCGGGAGCCACUCUACAGUCGUAGCACGUCCAUCAGGAUCUUCCAUUCCCAUUUUCAACACAAACAAAGCAAACAAACCACUCAUUCUCUUAAUAAUCCAUGGCUUCAACAAACUACACAUCUCUGUGUUCUUCUUCACUUGUACGAAGAAUCAUUUCCCCGAAGCAAAACCAGUUGCUUUGUUCUUCGUUCAAUCUAAACCAAUUUACGAAUCACCCAUUUAUGAGUAGCAGUUUCUGCAAUUCCCACCCGUUAAAUACUCCAUCUUUGGUGCUCAAGGCUUCCCAAACAGAAAUUGAAGGCAGUGGAGAGGAGAAAUAUGAAAAGUAUGAGGUCGAAAUAGUGAAGCCAUAUGGGCUGAAAUUUGUCAAGGGGAGAGAUGGCGGAACAUACAUUGAUGCAGUUGAACCGGGAGGAUCAGCUGAUAAGACUGGAAUGUUCACUGUUGGUGAUAAAGUUAUUGCCACCAGUGCAGUGUUUGGAGAUGACAUAUGGCCUUCUGCUGAAUAUGGAAGAACAAUGUAUACAAUUCGGCAGAGAUUAGGCCCUUUGUUCAUGAAAAUGGAGAAGAGAUAUGGGAAGAUGGAUAGUAUGGGUGAGUUGUCAGAAAAGGAAAUUAUUAGACAGGAAAGGAAUGCCGGUUUCAUCAGUGAUAGGGUGAGAGAGAUUCAGUUUACAAAUGCAAUGAGGAAAAAGGAACAGAAAGAGCGCAGAGGAAUGGAUCUUCGUGAAGGACUUCAUCUAUACAAGAGUGGCAAAUAUGAAGAAGCACUAGAGGCAUUUGAGUCUGUAUUAGGAUCAAGACCAGAUCCAAAUGAAGCUGCAGUAGCAAGUUAUAAUGUCGCAUGUUGUUAUUCUAAGCUUAAUCAGAUUGAAGCUGGAUUGUCUGCCUUGGAGGAUGCAAUGAAUGCGGGAUUUGAAGAUUUCAAGAGAGUUAGAACAGAUCCUGAUCUUGCCAAUCUCAGGACAUCACAUAACUUUGAAUCCCUUCUUAAGAAAUUCGAC